ACUGUCUUGAAACAUAUUUCUUACAAAUUCAUAUAUCAAAUCAUCUGAUUUAGGUUAAGCAUACAAGUUAGAUUAAAUUGUUGGGGUAUAUUAUUUGUUCGAAAACGAACAUCGGAAAUGAGUGCAGUACCACCAGCAUCAGAAUACAGAAGAAAUUUCAGUUGGAAGCUUAGUGAUGGAUACACCAGAAGUUGUCCUUCUGAGCAAUACAAACCUACGAACAUUUUGUAUCGACCGAACUCCUUGGAUUUCAUCAAUGCCUCUUCCAAAAUAGAUCAUAAAACUAUAGCGAAACAGUAUAUGAAGUUAAAUCCUCAAUUGAAUGCCAGUUGUAAUCGUGAUGAAACAAAAUCAGAUUAUGAGUUUAAUUUGAGUACUUACAAGGAUACGUUCAGAAAAAAUGCCAAACACCCCUCAAUGACUGAUUACAUAAAGAUAGCAAACAAUGUUACUGAUGACCACUUUCCUGAUUCGGUAAAAUAUUUCUAUGACCCUGAAGAAUUUGAGGAAUCUAAUAAUUCUUCAAAGAACGCCAGUAGUUUGAAAACGGUCAAUGUUCGAUUUCCUAAAAGUACAGAUAGAAUUCUAAAAGAUGAAGAUGAGGAAAAUAACAAGAUGGUACCGAAGAAAUCGAUGGAUCCUAGUUUACCACCAAAAAUAACAGAUUUGGGAGCAUUCUGUUACAGAAAUGACGUAUCUCUCGAGAUUAUGCCAAAACACGAUUCUCUACAGGAAUACAUUGAAGAAACCCAAAAAAGAAUCAAGAAUGCAGUUAUACGAAACGAAUACGAGCAGACAGCUAUCAAAAAGCCGGAGAGAAAACUAAAGCGAUACAUUGACUUACGCGUUUACUAAAACUUGAGAUCUCACUUUUGUAACAAUACUCAAAAUAUAGUUCCUUAGAUAAAAG